UGGGUGCUAGUCAAACAGACUCUGUAGCAGCAGGUGGACUUUGUCUGCUUGGUGCAGAGACGCUUUGCCGGUUCUGUUAAACCCUCAGCAGGACGAUGAAUGCCACUAAGAGGCGUUUCUUUCUUGUUGCUCUCUCAGUUUUGUGUGGAACCAGUUUGGUUUUUGGAGGCCCUGUGAAUCAGGUUUCCCAUCAGACAGCAGACAGACAGCAGGGGAGCGCUGUUCUCUUUUACGUCGCACAUCAGGGACAGCUGAGAGAUGUUAUGUUCAACCCGGUCAUCCUUAAUCAGGUGUUGGUAAAUGAAGGUUCUGCCUAUGAUAACAACACAGGGGUGUUUACCGCACCGAUCGCUGGAAUCUAUCAGUUUGUGUUUGUAGCCCAGCUGUGCCGUGGGCCACACAACAACAACUGGGAUUUUAUGGUCAACGGCGAUGAGAGGAUGAAAUGUCAUGCUCAGGUGUCUGGUGGUGACACGACCCUCAACACCUGUUACUACAUGGAGAAACUGAAGAAAGGAGAUCAGGUCUGGAUAAAACAGAGAGCAGGGAGCUGUGCCUGGGCCAGCACCACAUCCAAAACAAUCACCUUCUCUGGCAUCCUUCUGGCAAGUCAGGGUGCCUCCACGCUGGGAGGGAGGUAUGGCAGCUCCUGCCCGCUACCAAGUCUGAGCCACAGAGUGGCGCCCAGCUCUGCAGGCCGGAGAGCCGCUGGGUCCGGUGUGUUCUUCAUCAUGCUGCUCUGCCUCUUCCUCUGGGAAUAACCAUGUCAAAAGGUGACUGAGGGAUAAAUAGAGUUUUUAUGCAAGUAUGUUCACUAUAUUUGCAGAUAUUUCCUUGAGUUUUUUAUCUUUCAAGGUGUUCAGAUUUAUGAGAUUGCAUCUUUAAAUGUAGCAUAUAAAUAAAUUUAUAGUGUCAUCAUUUUUAAGAGGAUAUACUCUCAACUCCCUGUUUUACCAUAAAAAAUGUUUUGAUUGCAAACUGCAGUGUUUCUGCCUAAAGAAUUGUAUCAACAGCUGGUUGCUGCAUGCUAGCAGCAAAAGCUAACUACAGUGUUUUUUACCUGUUUGAUCUCAGGAUAAAUCAAAGAACAAAUAAAAUGAAUUAUAUUAA